AUGCAUUUUUAUGUGUGCCAGAUCCCGUUGUCUGACCAGAAGGGUAGGAAUCAAAUCGAGUAUCUCCAGCCGACGGCCACCAGUCUCCUCGUCAGUCACGCGGAUACACAAAGACAAGAGACUAAGCUGGUUCGGUCAGCCAAUCAGAGUUCUGUCACAGUUGCCGGUCACACCCACUUAGGAAUCUCUGCGCCGCUUCCGCGACAGCAACACAAAGGCCCCACCACGAGCCAGACGUCUAGUUCACUUGCUGUCGAAAACGCGGUGGAUUCAAACAACAAGACCCUCCAGCAAUUGUUUACUCGCGCUCCCCUUUGCGAGUCCAUGUCCGUGUCCGUUUUCUCCGCCACAGCCACCAUGGUGCAGAGGAAAAAACGGGGACAAUCUUCACGCAGACACAAUUCUACAGCUGAUGCUAAGUGGAAUUACUCAUCGCCCAAACCCUGCCUAGCGACGGGACAAAAAAUGAAACGGACACCUAAACACACGAGACGGGUCACCUUCGAUGUUGGUGGAGAUGCUCGUGGCAGGGCGGCGGGGGCAACUAACAUCUCUGUGCGCGCUUCGAUUGACUCUUCCUCCUCCUCCAGCUCCCCAACCAACUCCUACUGUUCCUGCUGUGAAUCUAGUGAUUUGAGUUCCGUCACCACUUCCUUCUCAUCUUCCGCCUCAUCAUCCUCCGAGUCACUUUCUUCGACGGAGUCAACUUCUUUAGAGACCGCAUUCAGAAUGUAUGGGCUGCAUCAAGUUCCCCCAACGUUCAAGCAUCUUAGUGAGUUUUCACCUAGUCCGUCGUCCUAG